UCGAGUUUCGACUUUCGUCAUGAAUUCAUGAUAGUAGAAAGUUUAUCAAAAAUAUUUAGGUAUUUCAGUUGUCUUUACUUUUUCAAUAAAUAAAAUGUUAUAAUUGAAGAGAGAACUGAUUGACUGACCACUUAGGACGUCUGCAAUAUGUUCUCCUUAAAUAAUCAAGCUGAAUUGAGAAAAGUAACGAUUUCUAGUUUGAUAACAUGCAUUUAUCUUCCCAGUAUUAUUACGGUUAUAUCGUAUAAAGAUUUGCUGUACACCGUUGGAAACGGAUCAUCCUUUUACAUACUGGUUCUUAUCUUUAUAGCGGAGUUGUUGAAAUCCUUUUAUUUAUCAUCUGGUGAAGAUGCGCCCAAGAGGAAAGGAAGCAAGAACCGGGCCGGGGACAUCAUAAAGGCCUCCAUAUACUUGCUCGGUGUAAUGUUCUGCUUUUUCGUGGGGAUCAUAUUAUUUGGAGCACCGUUUUUGGACAAUCACGAGGAGACAUUGAUGCUAUCAAGUUUGCUGACAUUGCUCACAGUUUUCCCGUUGAUAGCCCACGCAGGCAUCGAGCCUGCGAUGCAGCUGCUAUUUGGAGUCAAGAAUUACACAAGAGAUACUGUAGUUUGCAUGUUAGUGAACAAUGCUCUGUGGGCGGUGGGCGGAGCUUGGUUGGGGGCGGUAGUGAUACCUCUGGACUGGAACAAACCAUGGCAGCAGUGGCCUGUGCCCUGCUAUCUCGGAGCCCUCUGCGGCUACCUCAUGUCCAAUGUACUGACAGUCUCCAAAGUCACCUUGAUGUCGGCAGCCACAAAAUACCCAGUAUUAAAUAUUAUAGUUAACUGUUUGGACAGGUUACACAUGUCCAAGUAAAAUAAAAUUUUAUUAUUUGUUAACAUUUUUUAGCAAUAAAUUAUUCUUAUCAGUAAUAAUUGUGUUUU